GUUCCUUUUCUCUUCUUCUUCUUCUUCUUCUUCUCUUCCUCCAUCCGGUUAUGAAGGUUUGAUAGAAAAGGCAUUUAAACGCAGCUGCGCUCAAAACGAGACACACGAACCUUUAAACGCACGCGUGAAGAUGCCCGUGGCCGUAGGUCCGUACGGGCAGACCCAGCCCAGCUGUUUUGACCGGGUCAAGAUGGGCUUCAUGAUGGGGUUUGCGGUGGGGAUGGCUGCAGGCGCCAUGUUCGGCACCUUCUCCUGUCUCAGGAUCGGCAUGCGUGGCAGGGAGCUGAUGGGAGGAGUGGGGAAGACCAUGAUGCAGAGCGGGGGGACGUUUGGCACCUUCAUGUCCAUCGGUAUGGGAAUCCGCUGCUGAGGAAGAGGAGCAGCAACCUCCUCCGUUACACUGCUAUGGGACUCUUCCAACAACUACAGCUCUGUCACGCUCUCAACCCGCCGGCUAGUUUUGUCAAUAAAUGUUCAGAUCCGUCAGAUGGUU